AUUUUAAUAAAAUAUAAUCAUCAUGCUAGUGACCAGUUGUGAAAAGUUAUGCAGAACAAAAGACAAUGAAACACAGAGGCUUUCACUACAAACUCUAGAACUCCUUGCAAUAGAAAACUCAGAGGCUAUUGUUAAACAUGAUGGUUUGCUGGACUACUUGCUCUGUCUACCAGGCCAUAAUGAAGAUGAACAGCUUCAUCUCCUGGCCAGCAAGAUACUGCUCUACUAUGCUGAAUGUGAAGCAGCUUGCCAGAAGCUUGUUGAAUUUGAUGAGCUCAGGAGCUGUCUAAUGGACUUUGCUUUUGGUCAAGAUCCACUGCUGCAGAAUAUUAUAGCAAAAAUUAUCCUGGCCAUGAUUGAAUCAUAUGAAAACAAGGAUGCCAUUGCCUCUCUUGGGCUUGAGGAGGUGCUGAUUUACAUCAAGAAUGAAGCAAUAGAUAGAGAUGCAUGGGAAAUGGCUGAUCAGGGUCUGAUGAUAUUGCACAAUAUCAGGCCUUCUCUUGUAAAAUCUGACUCAAGCUCAUCUCUUGGCUCUAUUAAUAGCAAAAAGAACCUGUGAUUGUAUUUAUUAGCCUUGCUAAGUAAGUAAUGAAAUAGUGUAGACAUAUAUUCUUGCUGCAGAUAUUUAACCCACUCCAUUAAAUAUUUAAAAAAUCGCAGCAAUCAGAACAAAAAUUAGACCUACAUAAACAUGCAAAUUUCCAACUUGUAUUUUCCUACAAGACUUAUAGAGUGCAAAUAAUAUACCCGUGAAAUAGCUAGCUAGCUAACUAAUUACUAACUUUGUUCUAUUGGUUGCCUAAGUCUAAUUAGGUAAAGAAAUAGGCGAGCUGUGACGGGUAAACUAGUGCACGUAUGCUACUCAAGGGUGCGCAUUAUUUUUAAGUACUGUUUAAUAAACGAGCAGGAGUGUUUUAUCGGGUAUAAAACAUGAGGCGCAGUUGAGUGGUUUUAGACCCAAUAAAACACAAUCUGCGAGAUCAUUGAAGGGCUUAGAAAACUCAUGAUGUAUGUUCUCAUAGUGUACCGAUUUCUUUACGAAAUGAACCAAGUUUGAUAGAGAAAAUCCAAGUUAAAGUUUUUGCAAAUGAAGACGAAUCUACAUCAGAUAUAAGACCUCCUUCAUGGUCAUGAUUUCUAUUGUGUUUUCUUCAUGAAUUAUUAAUGAGUUUUCUAAAAUAUUUUUAAACACACUUACAAAAACUGGGAUUCUGGAAGUUGUAGUAGUAACUUGACACUAAUGCAAUAGUCCCUUUCACAGUUUCCUGCGCCAUCUUGAUUGGUAGCUGUGCCUUUGCAUCAAAGCGAGAAGGACAGUUGGUGAGCUUGGAUUGAUAGUUACUGGACCUUUUUUUAGCACCUCGGACAAUUAUUCACGUCUUUAUCAUUGCAAGCUCACCAUUCGUCUCGCUUCUUAAGGCACAGCAACCUUUCAAUAUGGCACAGGCAACAGUGAAGGGGACAAACGAAUAGUCAUUCAGCAACAUCUUAUGGGUUAUUAACUUGUAUGGACUGCAAGCUUAAGGUUGAAAUACUUUGUAUACUGGUUUGAUAACUGUACAUAUUUGCAUCAUAAUAGCAUUAAAGACACAUAUUUAUAA